AUGAAGGAGAAUCUAGGGAAUGCUGGAAAGGAUAUUGUUGUAAAAAUUGUAACAAAGAAGUUGGGUGACCGCUAUUACAAGAAAAAAGCAGUAGUAAAGGAAGUGCUUGAUAGAUACACAGCAGUUGUGAAACUUGUUGAUUCUGGAGAUAAACUGAAGCUUGACCAGACACAUCUAGAAACUGUUAUCCCAGCACCAGGGAAGAAAGUAUUUGUUUUAAAUGGUGGCUACAAGGGAAAUUCUGGCUUUCUAGAUUCGAUAAAUGAGAAGAGCUUUUCUGCCACAAUAAUUAUUGACUCAGGUCCUUUGAAAGGUCGUAAGGUGGAAGGGCUGCCAUACGAGGAUUUUUCGAAGCUGGCAUGA